GGCGGAUCUCACUGCAUAGCCGUAUACAUACGUACACCUUGCACCUUGUGCGCUUGAUCUGAUCCAGUCUUUUUACAUCUCAAUUUUCGACCCACAUCCCCAUGAUACCAAAACGUCGCAAGUGUGCGAAUAAAGCGGGGUGGUUGAGCUGCGGCUGUCCGAGGAAGACCCUGCGAGACUUGUAAGACGCAAUUAAAAAAUCUCGCCCCGCGACGGCGCGAACGACUUCGGCUUGACCCGCCGUGCUAGUACGUCGUUAGCUUGAGGGUAAAAGUCCUGCAUUUCCUGACCUUCUGGCUGCCUCUUCGCACGAGAUCGCAUCGAGAGGCCUGCAAUAAAGAGCAGUCGGCCGGUCGUUUGAAAGUCCAUCUCCAUCUCUUCUUCUCAAAACGACUUUUCCUCGACACGGCUGCAGACAGGGCUCAGACAGACAUAAGAAUUGCCGCCUGUCUCACCAUCUAUUAAGGCUUUAUUAAAGCCCCCAGCUUCGACCCCCAACCUCUAUUGUACCCCUCAGUGCGACCCGUCUCGUUGUCAGAUCCGCUGGACAAGUACGGGGUGGCUCAUAAAAUCGUUGUGUAUAUACAUCUCAUCCCUGACAGUCCCCGACAUCUUUCCUCUUCUGUAGCUUACGGCAUCACGACUGUUACCCUCAGCUACCGAUCCACCAUCAAGUACAUUGGCGACUGUGCACAGUAAUUGAGACAAUCAGUGAGUCCGGGCCGUUUCUGCGCUGGUGGCAUCCGAAUGUUGUGGGGGUGUUGCGGUGGGAAGGAGUCAUGUUGGAUGUUUCGACGUGUUCUAGCGUGGGUAUGCACUACGCUAGAACGAGGACGAGGACGAGGAUGACUAGCCGCCUGCCUUUUCGAGCUCGUUGCUUGCCCAACCACUGCGCGUGGCAAUAGGCUCGAGGCUGAGUGCGCCACAUGGCCCCCAUGUCGCGGGUAACCUUGAUGCGACGUCGGGCUCUGUUGCUUCGGCAGGGAGUGCAAUUAUGGUGUUGCCCUGCGUGUGCCUUGUGUCAGCGUCAGGUACGAGCAACGAACGGUGUAUCAGCAGGACCGUGCACAGAUACAGUGCCUCUGCUCCAUCACGCCCCUCUCCGUCCUCUCGCUUGCUCACGUAAGGAGGCAACGCGAGUACAUAAAUAUCCGAUCUCUCUCCCACCUCUCGACUUCCCAUUAUCCUUCCUGAUCCUCUCUCCUUCUACACUUGCCGUCAUCUCUCCUCAUCUCUCCUUCACCUUUCCGCCCCUCUUCUCUUCUUUUCCUUGCGCCUGGAGCCACCAUCGAACACCCGUUGCCUAGGACUGCAGCUGAUCAUCGCUGCUUUUCUACCACCCUCUAGUUUUCAAUCAUGUUCAAAUUCAGCAAGCCCGAGCCUAAGAAGUGGUUCUCUUCUUCUUACUGGCAUCUCGACACCCCUCCUGCUUCCUACGCCACCCAUGACGGCUGGAGUAACGCUGAUGUCGAUGUGGUCCCCGUCGAGCAGCGAAAUUGGCGAGCCAUCAACUACCUCUUCUUGUGGUUGGCUGAUGGUGCCAAUGUUGGUACCAUGCAGCAAGCUGGUUCCAUCGUCGCUCUUGGUCUCAGUUGGCGUGAAGCUUCGGCCGCGAUCGCUAUCGGAAACAUCAUCAUCGCUGCUGCCGUCACCCUGAACGGUGUGAUUGGUUCCCGACACCAUGUCCCCUUCUCUAUCGCCUCUCGUGCAUCUCUUGGAUUCUACUUUUCCUACUUUGCCGUCAUUUCCCGUCUGGUGUUGGGUCUUCUCUACUUUGGUAUCAACACCUACAUCGGUGCUUCUUGUACUCUUAUCUGUCUCGAGGCUAUCUGGCCCCAGCUCAAGACUUACCCCAAUGCCAUUCCCACUUCUCAGGGUGUUACGAGCAACAAGAUGAUCGCCUACUUUGUCUUCUGGAUUAUCCAGUUCCCGCUUGUCAUGAUCCACCCCCGAAAGAUGCGAUGGGUGUUCUUUGUCAAGUCCAUUUUUGCUAUCGUCGCCGCCUUUGCUACUCUAGGCUGGGCUGUCAAGCAGGCUGGCGGUGGCGGUCCCAUCUUCUCCCAGAGCUCCUCCCUAUCAGGUUCCACCAAGUCUUGGGCUUGGUUGGCGGGUAUCAACGUUGCCAUCUCUGGUAAGACUACCCUCGCCAUCAACAUUCCCGAUCUGACUCGAUACGCUCGACGAACUUCCGACUCUUACUGGCAGAUGCUCUUCAUCCCCAUUGUCUACUUUGUCUUCUCGUUCAUCGGUAUUGUCAUUGCCUCUGCUGGACAAGCCAUCUAUGGCACUCUUUACUGGGACCCCACUUCCAUCAUUGCCCUUUGGACCAACCGUGCGGGUGCCUUCUUUGUCGCCUUUGCUUUCGCUUUCGCCACCCUUGGUACCAACAUCUCCACCAACUCCAUCGCCACUUCCAACGAUUUGGCCUUCUUGGCUCCCAAGUGGAUCAACAUCAAGCGUGGUGCUUUCAUCACCUCCAUCAUUGGUGGUUGGGCUACUGCUCCUUGGAAGAUCCAGGCUUCAGCUCAGGGUAAGUGGGCUGGGCAUGAUUCAUCCACUUGACUGACAUGAUUCAGCCCUCACCACCUUCCUUUCUGGCUACAUCAUCGUUCUUGCCCCUAUCGUGUCGAUCAUGAUCGUUGACUACUGGUUUGUGAGAAAGACUCACCUCCACGUCCCCAUGCUCUACCAAAACGAGGGUAUCUACCGAUACAAGUUUGGUAUCAACUGGCGAGCCUUCUUGACCUUGCUCAUCGUGGUUCCCAUGAACCUUCCCGGUCUCAUUCACGCCAUCAACAGCAAGAUUUACAUUGGCAACUUUGUCUACUUUUACAAGGGUUCUUGGCUUACCUCAUUCUUCGUUGCCGGCAGCAUCUACUUGAUCAUCUCUCUCAUCUCUCCUCCUACCUCCACCCUCGUCGACUCUACCGUCGAGAGCAUGGACGAGGAAGUCAACGACAUGCAUGGCUGGGAGAAGGAACAGGACUUGUCCGACACCAACUCCUAUCCCGCUGUCAACCACACGGUCUGAGCCCACUCUGGUUCGAACAAAUAAAUAAAUAAUUAGAGGUCUAAGUGGAGUGACGUGAGGUGGGGUGGCGAGAAAGUGUCUCGCAUAUCUUUCAAGGGCUUUUUUUCUGUCUAUAUUUAUAUUACAAGGGCUUCCGGCUUUUUCUUCAUUAGGUUAUCUUGUAAAGUUGAUCAUGAUAUACAUCUUUUUGGAAUCUGUUGACUUGUCAAUCCCAUGGAUAUCACUUAAUGUACACACUCCAUGGUGGUCUAUGCAUUCAUAAU